AUGAUCAUUCGAGCCGAGAUCGCCGACUACGAUGUAGGUCGAGUACUGAUCGACACCAGAAGUUCGGUAAAUGUGAUUUUUACCGAUGCAUUCAAAGGUCUGGGAAUUGCUGACAACAUGGUCAAUCGGCAGAUAACGCCUCUACUCAGUUUUUCUGGAGAUCUGGUCCAGUCAGUUGGCAGUAUCAGUCAAACCAUCGCCUUCGGCGUUGCCCCCAGAAAAAUAAUGACCUACGACCAAUUCCUCAUCGUCGACUGCCUAACGGCAUACAACGUCAUCGUAGGACGAACGACACUCACCAGGGUCAAAGCCCACUUGUACCCCCACAUGUUGCUGAUGAAAUUCCCUACCCGCAACGGUACUGGCGUUAUCCGAGGGGACCAACUCAGCGCACGGACGUGCUAUGCAACUGCCCUUAAAUCGGUAGCUUGCAAACCUCCAAUGAAAGCCAUGUCUGUGCAGGGACUACCGAACGGUAGCGGGCCUAUAGACGACCCAAGAGAGGAAACACCAACGCCGGUAGCGCAGCCUGCGGAGGAACUCGAAACAGUAAUCCUGGAUGGGGAAUUUCCCGAUCGGUGGGUAAAGAUUGGCACCACCCUAGAUCCCGACCUACGAGCGCAAUUCAUUGACUUCUUGCGGCAACAGGCGGAGGUCUUCGCCUGGUCUUACGAUGACAUGCCUGGCAUAUCACCUGACGUCAUCAGCCACAAGCUUAGCAUCUCCACCGCCCAUAAACCGGUCAGACAGAAGCGCCGUUCGUAUGAUGCCGAAUGGUAUGAAGCCAUGCGUACCGAGGUGGAGAAGCUAAAAGCCAUCGGCUUUAUCAGGGAAGCUACGUACCAUGUCUUGCUUGCCAACUCGGUCAUGGUUCGGAAGGCCAAGGGGGGAUGGCGAAUGUGUCAGGACUAUAUCGACCUGAACAAGGCCUAUCCGAAGGACAGCAUCUCAUUAUCGAGGAUCGACCAGCUCGUUGACUCAACCGCUGGACACAAGCUGCUCAGCUUCAUGGACGCCUAUUCAGGGUACAAUCAGAUUUUCAUGGACCCUACCGAUAGCGAGCAUACAGCAUUUAUCACCUUCCGCGGGUUGUAUUGUUACAACGUCAUGCCUUUCGGACUGAAGAAUGCUGGGGCAACGUACCAACGGCUCGUCAAUCGGUUUUUUCUGAACAUAUUGGCGGCAUUAUGGAGGUGUAUGUCGACGAUAUGUUAG